GCUGCAUCUGUGUGCCUGCAGUUAGUUAGGUAGUUAUAGCGAAGUUGUCAAAUUCUCCUGUACAAAUUGGACCAGCUCUUUCGCCAUGGGUGAUGAAAAUACGAGGAUAUCGCGCGUGAAGGGUGCCAUCACUGCAAUCCAAGAUUUCCCCAAGCCGGGAGUUUUGUUCAGGGACAUCUUUCCAUUGUUUAAGGAUCCAGCGGUGCUUUCAGAUGCUGUCUCCCUCAUGGUUGAGCAUAUCAAGGAUAAAAUUGGCUCUGUCGAUGUAAUUGUAGGUCUGGAGGCCCGAGGCUUCCUGUUCGGACCCAUGAUGUCUGUCCAGCUAGGCUGCUCCUUUGUUCCAAUCAGGAAAAAGGGCAAACUGCCUGGCAAGUGUGUACAGGCAUCGUACCUCCUGGAAUACGGCACGGACAUUAUGGAGGCCCAGGCAGAGGCUAUCAAACCAGGUCAGAAAGUGGUUAUAGUCGACGACCUGAUAGCCACGGGAGGCACCAUGAGUGCGGCCGUGGAGCUUAUCAGCAAAAUGGAGGGCAGGGUGGUGGAAUGUUUAGUCCUCAUCGAGUUACUUGAUCUGAAAGGCGUGGCCAAACUCAAACAUCCAUUCUUUAGCGUUUUGCAGUUCUAAAUUGGAAUCUUUUGUUUCAAAAUGUAUGAUUUUCCUCUUCAGAAAUACACUAUGCAUGUUUCUCUUUUUUUAAUUCCUUUGGCAUAAGCCAGAAAGAGGGAUAUGUGAUAGUGUAUUCCUUCUGUGUGUCUGUGUGUCGUUACGUGUGUCAUUAUGGGUAGGCAUUACAUUCACUGUGUGGACUUCCUAACAAAAG